CUCCGCACUCCGUAGUGGUUAUAGAGAGAAAGUUAAAGCCUCAUAAGAGGAAGAUCAUGGGUUGGUUCAAGAUGUUCGUUGUGCAAUUGUUGAAGAUGGUUUGUAAUCAACGCUCUCUUCUUUGGUAAAAUCGAAAAAACAACUCAUAGUUUUUUAAAGACGGGAAGUUUCGAUUGGAUUCACAACAUGGGCUUUUCUCCAUUGUUUUGCUGCGUUAAGGGUUCGGGGAAGGACCCGUCUAAGAAAAAGUCGACGUGGAGGGUUUUUUCUCUGAAGGAGUUGCAGUCAGCUACAAACAAAUUUAACUAUGACAACAAGCUUGGAGAAGGCGGAUUCGGUAGUGUUUAUUGGGGCCAGCUCUGGGAUGGAUCACAAAUUGCAGUCAAAAGGUUAAAGGUUUGGAGUGACGAAGUGAUGGAGUUUUCUGCUGAGGUUGAAAAACUAGCCCGUGUACGGCACAAAAAUCUGCUGAACCUACGUGGCUAUUGUGCAGAAGGGCAAGAGCGUCUGAUUGUAUGUGAUUAUAUGCCCAAUCUAAGCUUACUUUCGCAUCUUCAUGGACAGCAUUCAACUGAAAGCCUUCUUGAUUGGAAACAGAGAAUGAGUAUCGCAAUUGGUUGUGCCGAGGGAAUUGCGUAUCUUCAUCAUCAUGCAACACCACCAAUCGUUCAUAGAGAUAUUAAAGCUAGCAACGUGUUGCUGAAUUCUGAUUUCUCUGCUCAAGUUGCUGAUUUUGGAUUUGCAAAGCUCAUCCCUGAAACCCAAGUAAAGGGCACACUUGGUUACCUUUCCCCGGAAUACACAAUGCUGGGAGGAAAGGCAUCUGAAAGCUGUGACGUUUACAGCUUUGGCAUUCUCUUGCUGGAGCUUGUUACUGGCAGAAAACCAAUAGAGAGAGUCAGUGAAACACUCAAGUCCCCAAUUACUGACUGGGCACUGCCUUUGGCCUGUGAAGGGAAGUUCAAUGAACUUGCAGACCCAAGACUAAAUGGAAACUUUGUGGUGGAAGAACUGAAAAGAAUUGUUUAUAUAGCACUCGUUUGUGCAGCUAAUAUACCAGAGAAGAGACCAACUAUGCUUGAGGUGGUUGAUCUCCUCAAAGGCCAACCGGACAAGUUUUCUGCUAUAGAGAAUGAUGAAAUGUUCACCAUUCCUCGGGCUGUUGGUUGCAACAAUGAAUAUUCUGCAGCAGAGGACAGUUCACAAAUCAUGUUAAAGGAAAAGGCACCAAAACAAGAAAUUGAAACAGUUGAAAUCGGUCCCCCGAAGUGACCUGAUUGAAACUGCAUUGUUCCUGAAAUCCCUCUCGAAUGAUCUCCACAGAGUGAAAGCUACACGGUCAUUGCAGCAUGGAGGACGCCAUGGCUUCUUGGAUUUUAAUCUAUUCCUCUUUGAUUUCUUAGUUGUGUUUGGGUUCAUAUUUGAUUCUUAAUUUGAUGUAAAACUUUAUAAUACUUACAUGUGUAGUACAAACAAUGUCGGGAAUGGGUUUGGGAGUAUAUAUCACGUUUUUUGUUUCACCAAAAUGAUUAUCGAAAGUUGCGCAUAGAUUUGACUGGUUU